CUCCUAACAGGAAGAAGUUUUGCCUGCCUGACUUUUACUACCACUAGCAACAGAAACCUCCUGGGCCACUGACUGGAGAAGGCUUGUAGCAAGACAACAGCACCAACCACACGGAGAUCACUUUGUCUUCUUCAGCUGCUCUUCCUCCUUUGAGCCACUUCUGCUACCAAUGCAGUUAUGGAGGUGAAAACCUGGAAGCUCUUCGCUGCCUUUCUGUGUUGCGCUGGAUUCCUCCUGGCUCUUUCCAGGGCACAGGAGAAACAGCCAAUAGCGCCCUUGAGAAAAGCUGUGGUGAAAUUUGGACACUUCUUUGUGUUGAAUUGCACAACAAGCAGCAGCAGCAACGAUAGCUGUGAUAUUCAGGAGAGUUCUUCUCACAACUAUGAUUAUAGAGAUGUCGGGCCCACCUGGAAAGCUUUCACUUUUAUUGCUGUUUACUGGUCACUCAAUGCAUCUUGUAUUGUGACCUGUUAUAAUGAAUCCAGCUCUUGGGAAACGAUUGUCACAGUUUACCAACCUCCACAGAAGAUUGAGCUGGAUCCAGUACCAGAUAUGGAGGUGGACAGGUUGUAUAAUUUAACAUGCCGGGUUUUUGGUGUAGCCCCCAUCCGGGACCUCACCGUGACUUUGGUGAGAGGGGAAGAGCAACUUGUGGUAAAGACCUUUGAGGAUCACACUCAGCCUGAAGCUGGUGCUGUUGUGGUGAACCAUCAGAUAAGAGCUCAGCAAAAUGACUACAACAAGAUGAUCACCUGCCAAACAUCCCUGGAUCUGAGACCAAGAGGACCACUCCUGAAAAACACCUCCCACGGGAUAUCAUUGUGGACUUUUGAAAGACGAAUCCAGCAAGCUGCAAGGACUGCGUUCCUGGGUGAGCUGACAACCAUAUACAAUGCCGUUACAGGACCUCUCGAGCAAAUGACCCUGGAACUCCAGAAGUCAUCGCCAGGCCACAGCUGGGCCUAUAACCUGAUAUGCCACGUAAUAAGAGUAAAUCCCUGCCUUAGCCUUGUGGUGACCUUUUUUAAAGGGUCAACGAGGUUGGGUACGCCAGGUUUUACAAACUGUACUUCGGUUGAAAUAGAAAACUAUACGGUCACUCUCCCUAUCACCCUCCAUCCAGAGGACCAUGGCCAGGAAGCAUAUUGUCACGCAGCCGUGCGUUUCAGCCUACAGGAGCCAGUCUAUCAAACCAAAUCCUUAGAGGUUUCACUCAUGACUGCUGAAUCCUAUUUGGCUAUCAUUGUAGCUGCUACUGCUGUUGCUGCUUUGCUAGUCUCUGUGCUGGUGGUCUUUCUCAUCUUCAUCUUUAAACUUUGGAUCAAUUAAUGCAAUGGAAAGGGCAACUCAAUGAAUCAAAAAUCUAUAUCUUAUUUAAGAAGAGUAAAAGUUCUGCUUCACGAACAUCUCAUUUACAAGGAAUGUGUCAUGACACAAUAGUGAAUCAUUUUAUAUAUGGAAAGAAUAUUAAUAAAAGCUCACAAUAUCAUAUCCAGGUUUCAUCUUGAGCGUGUGGACAUUGGAAUCAAGAAAACAUGUCCCGUUCUCUGGCAUUCUUCUUCCUGCUUGAAAUGUCCCAUUACAAGGUACUAAAGAUGGCUUCCAGGCCUGACACAAUGAUUGGCUGGUGUCAUAAACCUUUGUGAGAUGGAUUCUCAUCAAUUCAUAGCCUGAAGGACUGUUUAUAUUUGAGGAUUUUUUGAUAAUUAUAAAAUGAGCAAUGAUCAUUCAUAUAUUUUUACAAGGACCACAUUUCCUAGAAGAUGCAAAUGUGAAAGAAAUGUCAACAAUCACGUAUGAUCUAUUCAUUCUUUUAAUAAACUGACAGGGCAAUAUUAUAUUCAUGUAAAUGCCCUUCCUCUUCCCCUAGUAUUUAUAAUAUUAUAGAAUGAAGUGAAUAAUGCAUUUAUUAGCAAUACAACAACUUUGUAACUAUAAUACUUUGAGAACAAGUAAUGAAAUACGAGUACAAAUGUAUACAAAAUUGGGGACAUUUGCUACCAAAAACCCCAUAGAAAAGUGGAGUAUCAGGACAUAAAUUAGCACAAUGAAAUCAAUGGCCAUUUUGUAUUCAACAAUACUAACAUUCUAUAUUUCCAGGUAUUCAGCGUAUUUUCAGUAUCUAGCUACAGAAAUUUAAGGGAACAGGACAAUAAACUGAACUGGAAUACCUGAAAACUGCACCAACAAAUUGCUUUCUCAUUCUAACACUUGGUUAAAGAAAACAUAGCCCUUAGGAGAGUUACUUCUGAAAUUGUAUCUUCCAAUGACUGUUUAACAUAACCUCAAGGAUUUUGCACGGCAAGACAGUCAAUAUAGGAGUGAUCAAUUGCUCUUGGACUGCAAAGUAAAAUAAGAGAAGAAAGAAUUUCUUGAUGCUUCUUCAAAUAAAAUGUCAUAAUUGCUGGUUGAACAAGAUGAAUAUAAACAGAGAUAAUCUGAAGGGAGAUGAAAAAAGAAAAAUAUGCAUUAUUUAGUGCAAGCCCAGAAAUAUAUCCACCUGAUAAAGUGUGAGAGCUCAAUAUGAUGAGUUCUAUCAGAGUUACCUAGGAUUCAUGGAGGCCACGUGCAGCAAGCUACGCUAAAGAUACAGAGACUCAGCCAGAGAUUCAGGGCAGCAACCUUCCUUUGACAUCAAAGAGGGUUAAGAAAAGAUUUCUGCCCCGGGCUUCACCAGCAGCCAUGAAGAACCAGCACCAUGGAAUAUGACAAACAAAGGCCACGAGGAAGGCACUGCUUUAGAAAGAUCUUUAAAACCAGCAGAACUAGCAAAUAAAUACAAUCCUAUCCCAUGUUAUUCUGUUUUUAAAAGUUUGCCAAACAUCUACAGUAGAUUUUUUUUAAAAUUGUGCUUUCUUAAUCAUACCCAACAAAAGUAUGUGUGUGUAUAACUGAAUGACAACAUGAAAUAAAAAUUAACUGCCACCCAAAAUACUGGAAAUCUAUAUUACAAAUUAAACAAGUUUUAAAAUCUGA